GCUUCCUGACAUUCUCACUCUCUCUGGCCGCGUCACCGCGCGCAUUGAUCUGCUGCCAGCUCCGGCACACAGGAAGUGAGUGCGGCUCUGUGUGGGGUUCGGGGUUCGGCUUCUCAGGGCAACAACGGUGCAGGGAGCACCCCAACAGCCCCCCCCCCAUACUGACAGUCACCCCCCGGGUCUGGGCAACAGGUUUAUUGAUGUCCUCCUCGAGCGGACUCUUCUCUCACUUUUUAAUGGCCGCUGGAUGACCGGGCUGGUCUCUGAAUCCUCCAGCUGCUCCUCCGCCCCGGGAAGAUGCCGCUGCCGUUUGGGCUGAAGUUAAAGAGGACUCGGAGGUACACGGUGUCCAGCAAGAGCUGCCUGGUGGCGCGGAUCCAGCUGCUGAACAAUGAGUUCGUGGAGUACACGCUGUCGGUGGAAAGCUCCGGCCAGGAGUGUCUGGAGGCCGUGGCCCAGAGACUGGAGCUCCGAGAGGUGACUUACUUCAGCCUGUGGUAUUUUAACAAGCAGAACCAGCAGCGCUGGGUUGACUUGGAAAAACCACUCAAGAAGCAGCUGGACAAGUAUGCGCUGGAGCCAACGGUCUAUUUCGGGGUGGUGUAUUACGUGCCUUCUGUCUCCCAGCUGCAGCAAGAAAUAACCAGAUACCAGUAUUAUCUCCAGUUAAAGAAGGACAUUCUCGAGGGGAAGGUCCCGUGCACGUUGGAGCAGGCUGUCCAGCUGGCCGCUCUCGCUGUUCAGGCGGAUUUCGGAGAUUACGACCAGUAUGAAUCUCAGGAUUUCCUGCAGCGAUACGCUUUAUUUCCUGUGGGAUGGAUACAGGAUGAAAAGACCCUGGAAGAAGCUACGCAGAACGUGGCCCUACUACACCAAAAGCUCAGGGGCCUCUUGCCUUCUGAGGCAGAGAUGUUGUACAUGCAGGAGAUUGAGAGGCUGGAUAACUACGGGGAGGAGAGUUACCCCGCCAAGGACAGUCAAGGAGCUGACCUCUCCAUCGGCGCCUGCCUGAAGGGGGUAUUUGUUAAACACAAGAACGGGAAGCCCCCUGCUGUGUACCGGUGGCUCGAUAUCACCAACAUGACGCACAACAAGUCUUUCUUUACUCUGGAGUUGGCAAAUAAAGAGGAAACCACCCAGUUCCAGACCGAGGACAUGGAAACCGCUAAAUACGUAUGGAGGAUGUGUGUGGCUCGGCACAAGUUCUACCGGUUACACUGCAGCCUGGACUCCCCAGAUCUCCCUGCGCCUCCUCCAGCGGAAGGUCUCCAGAAAUCUCUCUCUCUCCUUUCCUUUCAACGUUUUCCAAUCCUCUCUCGUUCUUCUCUUCCCAAAGGGCAAUCCCAGGCAGUGAAUCCGGUGCGUCGGAGAUCCUCCACCAGAGUGUCCCUGCCGAAACAUCAGCCUUACAUGAUGCCGCCUCAUCAGAUGAUAUAUAACGGGCACUACAAUGAGCAGUACGCGUCUUCGCAAGACAACCUCCCGGUGUUUAUGAACAAUCAGAAUGGAUACCAUUAUUACUCCCAGACCAGCCUGGACAGGGCGCCGCACGACUACAACGGGAGAAUCCGUAACGGGAGCGUGUACAGCGCACACAGCACCAACUCUCUGAACACCCAACAGCACUACGUGCAGCCAUCACCCAUGUCCUCCAAUCCCAGCAUUACAGGAAGUGACAUCAUGAGGCCAGAGUAUAUCCCCUCCCACCGCCAUAGCGCCCUCAUCCCACCUUCUUACCGCCCAACCCCUGAUUACGAGACCGUGAUGAGGCAGCUGAACAGGGGCAUGAUGCAUUCGGACAGACAAAGCCACUCCAUGCGGAACCUCAACAUUGGAAGUUCUUACGCCUACAGCCGGCCGGACGCCUUGGUGUACAGCCAGCCGGAAAUCCGAGAACAUUCGCAGUUCGCGUCUCCUCAGUCGAACCAUUACCCCUUUAAUCUGAAUUAUAGUUUUCACAGCCAGUCUCCGUAUCCUUACCAGGCUGAACGGCGCCCUGUAGUCGGGGCAGUCAGUGUCCCGGAACUGACCAAUGUCCAGCUUCAAGCCCAAGACUACACGGCAUCCAACAUCAUGAAGACCCAGGUCUACAGGCCUCCUCCACCUUAUCCGUACCCACGUCCUGCCAACAGCACCCCGGAUCUUACCCGGCACCACGCCAGCAACAGCAAUCCGGACCUGAUCACCAGGCGGGUUCAUCAUUCCGUGCAGAUGUUCCAGGAGGACAGUCUGCCGGUGGCCCAUUCUCUUCAAGAAGUAAGCGAGCCGUUGACCGCUGCCCGUCAUGCCCAGGUGCAGAAGAGGAAUAGCAUCGAAAUAGCGGGGCUGACUCACAGCUUCGAAGGGAUGAGGGUGAAGGAGAGGACCACGUCUUCAUCUGCAGCGAAUGUCGCACCACAGAGGCUGUUAUCGACGGAUUUGCAGACAAACGUCUACAUAGAACGGACUAAAGACGAGCAGAGCUCCGAGCACGAGAGAGGAAAAUACGGUCACAAGAAGUCCCUGUCGGAUGCCACCAUGCUCAUUCACAGCAGCGAGGACGAUGAAGAGGACAACGAAGAAGAGCACCGCAGAACCAACGUGCCUCAAGCACCCAUCUGUUAUGACCGAUCUCAGCUCCGCACGGUCAUGGAAACCUAUCCUGACGAGACAGACCCAAGUUAUCUAUUCGCGUCUAUGCCCACCAACCAUUUACAUAUCUGCGAGCACAAACCGGCUGACCUGGAGAUGGAGAGAAGGAUGAAGGCCGUCGGCCCCGUACAGUUUUCUGGAGACCCCAUGACUCUCAGAAGAGGAGAAGGUGCUAUACCUCCUUCAGUAUCUGAAUCCGACCUGACCGCAGCAACCGUGCGCUAUCGGGUGAAAAAGGAACCCGCCAAGAAAAGACCGGUGUCUGAAGUUCUCUCGGGCAAAAAGGACAUAGUGGAGGGACUCCCACCAUCAGGGGGUAUGAAAAAGGGCAACAGGGCAGAAGUCCGAAAAAUUGGCCCCAUGAGAAUGGCUGCUUGGAACGGGAUAUCACCCAUUCGGAUGCCUUUACCGGGUGAAGACCGAGAGGAGAGGGUGCAGGCGACCAAUGACGAACGAUGUAAGCUCCUCGAGCAGCGGCUGGAACAAGGUAUGGUGUUCACGGAAUACGAACAGAUUCAGAAGAAGCGCUUGCCGGAGACGGAAUGUUCCUUCGCCAGACUUCCCGAAAACACGGAGCGAAACAGAUUCCAAGAUGUCCUCCCUUACGACGAUACCCGCGUGGAGCUCGUCCCGACAAAGGAGAACAACACUGGUUACAUCAACGCCUCUCAUAUCAAGGUGACGGUUGGCGGGGUUGAUUGGGAUUACAUAGCCUCCCAAGGACCCGUGCAAAACACGUGUCAGGAUUUCUGGCAGAUGGUCUGGGAGCAGGGGGUAUCCAUCAUCGCCAUGGUGACGCUGGAAGAAGAGGGUGGCCGAGAGAAGAGUUACCGCUACUGGCCCAGACUCGGCUCCCGGCACAACACCGUCACGUACGGGAGAUUUAAGAUCACCACCAGAUUCCGCACGGACUCCGGCUGCUACGCCACCACCGGCUUGAAGAUCAAGCACCUUCUGACCAACCAGGAGCGGACUGUAUGGCACCUGCAGUACACCGAUUGGCCGGAACACGGACACCCCGAUGAUCUCAAAGGCUUCCUCUCUUAUUUAGAGGAGAUCCAGUCUGUGCGGCGUCACACAAACAGCACUGCGGACCCCGGAACCCCGAACCCGCCGGUGCUCGUUCACUGCAGCGCCGGCGUCGGAAGGACAGGAGUCGUCAUUUUGUCGGAGGUCAUGAUCGCUUGUCUGGAACACAAUGAGAUGCGGGACAUCCACUUAGUUCUGGAUAAGCUGAGGCAGCAGAGGAUGAUGAUGGUUCAGACGAUCGCUCAGUACACGUUCGUGUAUAAAGUGCUGAUCCAGUUCCUAAAGAGUUCAAGGCUGAUCUGAUGGUCCUCAGAGGGGCAAAUGACUCGGGUAACUAGGACUGCACCUUGGUGGGAAUUACGAAGAGGGCCAUCCGUGGGCCAAGCAAACCAAUCGGCGCCCGUUCACCGACGGCUCGGCGGUUGAAAAUGGGUCAUAAAAGAGAAAAAUCCGCUCCAUGCCAAGUUGGCCGAUCCAUCAGCUCAUUAUCCCUCUCGUCUGGAAAAGGUUCCGGAGGGAUCUGCGGAGACACGGGGCUAAUUCGGUGGCGCUCACCACCGCAGCCCACUUAACCCCCUGCUGCACUGGGGUGUGAAGGGGUUAAUUGGACAAAAAAAUGAUGUUUGGCAGUAUUAUUCUUUAAAGCUACGAUUUUACUGGUUAAAAUCCGAUUUGACGCUAAAUAAGUUUAAAGCA